AAGCAGCUCAUCUAAACUUUCAGCUGAGGUGACAACAGGCAGUCAUCUCAGGACCACAGAACAGGAUAAAGCAUAUUUGUGCCUUUCUCAUGUCUUCAGAAGAGGAAGUGCAGAUUAACAGGAACCUACUGCAUGUGAUCACUUACUAUAUUUACUGUAGACUGUUUAGCUGCAGAGGACAACACAUCAGACUUUGCAGUAGGGAACUCUUUCAAUUGGGGUCUCAGAGCUUUCAAAGGUAAAGUUUGUGACAUUACUUUUAUAUGUAGAGAUGAUAAGAACUUUAAACAGUCAUGAAGAUGGAUGUGCAGGAAUAUAAAACUGAAAGACAGCAGUUUGUGAUUUGAUAUGAUUGUGGGUAAACUAUAGGGACACUGUGUUUGUGUGAACUUCACCUCACAGCUUUAGUGAUGUCACUGAACAAUGUUAGGUAGAUAUUAAAAACCUGCUCCCUUUAAUAACCUGAUCUCUCAAACAGGUUUCACUCUGAAGAAUGGAAGGUCUCUACGUUACCAGCAGCUCACUGGACCAAAGCUACGACUAUGACUACAGCAACAUCCCCUCUGAGCUCAAAGGCUAUAACAACAACCCUGAUUUCAUCCCGAAUGUGGUGACAUACGUAAUCAUUGCUGUCGGCCUUCCUCUGAUGCUUCUGGCCAUCUAUUCUCUUUAUUCUAUGGUGAGAAGAGAUCAUGUUGCUCCCAUCUACGUCAUCAACCUUCUCAUUACCGACCUCAUUCAGCUCUGCUGCAUGAUUGCUGAUGUGGUACCAACUGUGGAUAGGUGGACACAUGAGAUCUUCGUAUAUAUUUACCUCUCUGCUCUGAUUGCCAGUGUUUACUUCAUGGUCUGCAUCGCCCUGGAAAGGUAUUUGGUCAUCGCCCACCCACUGUGGUACCGCUUUGGACGAUCCAUCAAGACCUCUGUGGUGGUCUGUGUCCUGGUCUGGGUCCUUUCUCCUUUCUGUGCCGUCCGUUUCUAUUUCUUUGUUGAAAAUCUGGUGACACACAUAAUGUUCAUCAUGCUCCUCCUCCUUCCCUUCCCACUGUUAAUCUUCUUCCUGGUUGGGACCCUCAAAGCCCUGUCUGCUUCUACCUCAGUUCCCCCUGAUGAAAAACGUCGAAGUGUGGGAGUUUUGGUUCUGUUGCUGCUUAUUUUUGGACUCUGCUGUGGGAGAAGUGGCUGCUGGGAAAUGUUUUGGUCAACUUGCUCUGGUUCACUGUGAUGGCUUCAACACAUGGAAAUAAAAUGUGUUUUAUUAGUUUGGAGCUGGAAGUUGAUGUCUGUCAUUAUUCUCCUUUAAUCCCAGAAGCAAAGCAGAUAUUAUUUUAGAUUAUUUGAAUUCUUG